AUGGAAGGGUGCGUAAACUGCAGCGUCUACACGGAGCUGAACGACAGCUUUUACAGGAAUGACACUGGAAAUGUCACGGUCAUAAACAAGUUUUAUUUCUAUCAGAGCGCACAGCUGGCGGUGCUAUGGUUGCUGCUGGUAGCAAUAGUCGCGGGGAACGCGACCGUGGUGCUCGCUUUGUUCCUCACCAAGUCCAGGAAGAGUCGAAUGAACUUUUUCAUCAUGCAACUUGCUAUAGCAGAUUUAUGGGUCGGACUAAUAAGCGUUCUACCAGAUUUAAUACAGCGAAUAACAAUUUCUUGGUUCGCUGGUUCCGUGGCUUGCAAAUUGAUGAAAUAUUUACAGGGUGUAGUUACAUACUCAUCGACGUAUGUCUUGGUAGCGCUUAGUGUAGACCGUUGCGAUGCGAUCACGCAUCCUAUGAAUUUUACAGGAAGCUGGCGUCGCGCACGUGCGCUCAUAGUAGGCGCGUGGUUUCUUAGCUUCUUGUUCUGUGUACCGAUGCUGUUUCUGUUUGAUGAAGCUGAUAUUGAAGGAACCCUACAAUGCUGGUCCAGUAUAAAUGAAACCCAGUGGCGGAUAUGGAUGACGAGCGUUUUCUUGUCACUUUUCGUAGCUCCCGCAGUCACAAUAUCCGCCUGCUACGGUGUAAUUGUCGUCACGAUACGACAAAAAAGUCACAGGGUCCUCGGAAAAAGAGCAGCAGCUACACGACAAUAUAGUGACGACCUGGAUAGUCGACGAGCGAGCAGCCGUGGUUUAAUACCGAAAGCGAAAAUUAAAACCGUCAAAAUGACGUUCGUAAUUGUAUUUGUAUUCGUCCUUUGCUGGUCUCCGUACAUGAUCUUCGACCUCCUCCAAGUGUACGGCUAUGUUCCCAAUACCCAAGUGAACAUAGCUAUCGCCUCACUGAUCCAGAGCCUCGCGCCAUUAAACUCAGCAGCUAAUCCUGUCAUUUACUUCAUCUUCUCGAAUAGGAUAUUUAUCAGUCUCCGAAACAUUCCUCCAUACAAGUGGUUGUGGUGCUGGAUGAAGACAGGGGACAGCUCCGCGGUGAACGAAUCCAGGGCUCACACUGAACUCCUGACGUCAUCACACCGACGCACCAGACACGAACUCACAAUCCGGGUGAAGGAUGACAGUAUCAAAAAUCCAAAUCAGCAUCUACACCAGUGCAACAGUAACUCCCGUAAAGUUAGACUCCAUCUCCCUGAUACUCAACAUCAGAUAAACAAUAACUGUGACGCUCAAGCCCCAAGGAGACCGGCUGACACGUUUUUGUAG